AAAAGUAAAAAAAAAUUGUGUAAUUUUGACGCUAAAUAAAAACAUAGAAAUGUUCAAAUACAUAAAUUGAAUAAAUUUGUAGCGGGAGAUUACAGAUUUCCAGAGAACUUGCACACGCACCAAAUUCGGUUUAUUUAAUUAAUUAUAAUUAACAUUUACUGUUAUGGGAAAAUUUAAGAGUAAGAAAGUGGAGGAGAAGGAAGUCACACGGAAAGUUAAGUCCAACCAAAGAAAGCCAAAGGAAAGGAAAAGUCUCCCUUUUCUUUGUGGGAGAAAGAACGAUGAUGGGUCAAUUUGCCAACACAGAACGGGAAAAAAACAAGGAUUAAGAAGUCACCAGCGAGCGAAACACAUCGGAACUCCAGAACUGAGAGCUGAAAGGCUUGAAAAGCAACGUAUCAGGGCUCACAAAGCUACAACAAAAAUCUCUAUCUAUAGUUUGAUGACAUAUCGUGAACAACCUUCUGCAAAUGCAACAAAGUGGACCCUGAUGCCAAAGAAUUCUCCCGUGGAUCGAAAUGAUCCUGUUGUCCGGAAGAUAAUUGCAAUUCAGACCUCAAAGUUGAAGAAACUUUCUGACCAAAAGCCUUAUUUUGGCAGUAUCCUCGUCGCCUACAAAAUGGGGAAGAAGGAUCUUGGACCAGAGAAAACUCUCAAACAGAAAAGAAAGUCUGGCGAAAAAUUUAAUUUCCAUCUGUAUUAUGGCACACACGCUACAUUUGGACCAUGUCCCUAUUUUGCAGAUACAAAAUUGCAUGAAUCCGCACAAUUAACAAAGCUUUGUUUGCAAAAUGGUUACGUAUGUUACACAAUGAACAUAACUUUCUCUGGUGGUUCUACAGCGGACAACAUGAAAAGAGCCUUCUUAUGGCAGCAUUUUCAUAAGACUCACGGACAAAUGAUGAGAAAUGCUCCAGAUGAACCAACCAACGUAGACUUCAAAAUUUUGAAUCAACUAGUAACUCGUAAAAGUGGAUUCGACGGAGAAUUGUCAAUUGAUCAAACCCUGAAAACAAUUGGAUAUGCACAGCAGAGGACUCCACAGAUUCCAAUUAUUCGAGAUCUUUUGCCCACCAAGCAGGAAUUAAAAUGGGAACGAUAUGACUUUACUGAAGUUUGAAUUUCAAAUUAUGAUGGACUAUUACAUUAUAUUUGAUCAAACACUGUUAAUAAACUUAUAGUAAAUUUAAUAAACCUUUUGAUUACCUUCAA